UUUGUGCCUGAGAGUAUAACAUAUAAAUAUGUUCGAAAUGCUUUGGUUCUCAAGUACUGUGAGACUGAAGAUGUAGGUAGUUGUAUCAUGGGAUUCUUAAACGUAUCAAACCGGCACACUACGGGUGUUUAAAGGAUUAAGGAAAGAGAUUUAAUCUCGACUCUGCUUCAACCUAGUUCUUUUCCAACUACGAUAUUAUAUUGUUGUAUUUUUUAUACAUGUUAUUUGUAAAUUUUUUGCUUUACAUAUCAAAUUUCUUUAUCUAGUAAAUUUGGUGCCUACAAAAAAUAGUAAACAUAUUAGGAUUUUGAAAAUGAAGAAUACCAUCACAUUAAUAGAAAAUAUCUAUGUAAAUUCUCUAGAGUCACAUUAUAGAUUUAUAACUGUAUAUACCGAGAUUCAUUCUUUUUUGUUGACAGAAAAAAAUAUAUCUUUCUUUUUAGAACACUUAAUAAAGAUAGCUAGAUAUAUUUGAAAAUAUAUUUAUUAAAUAUUAUUACACACAUUGUUAAAAUUGAAAAUGUGAAACUAUACACAGUCAAAGAUUUCUUUCAUAUUUAAAGCACAAAUAAAAAGCACUCUCUCAAACAAAACAUACAAAUACCAUUUCUCAAAAAAAAAAAAAAUCAUACAAUGCUAGUAUAAAAUCAUCUCACCUAAUAUUGUCUUACUUUCUCAAAUAGUUUAUAGCUUCGGCAGACAAGAUUGACUCGGAAACGUUGCAAUGUGGCCUAAUAGCCUAUUAACAAAGAGAUCUGACACUGACAAUAUUUUAAGAGAAAGAUACCAAAACAAAGGUUGAACAGUUUCAGAUUUGACAUUUAUCAUUUCAUAAUGCAUUGAAUUUCUUGUAUUCCACGUGCUUAUCUUUAACCGUCCAAAUAGUCUUUCUUUCAAUUAACUAAUAACUUAAAGUAGCUUUAGAAAAUCACUGUAUUAAAUCAGAUAAUAAUUAACUGAUUUAAUAGCAUUAAUAAACUCGUAAUAUAGUUAGAUCUUAUACCGCAGGAGGCGUUAACCCAAUAUAUAAUUGUAAUUAGCUCGUAUUCUAGUUUUUUUCGUUUUACUGUUCUUACCUUGUUGGAAUCUAAAACUACACAUGUUCCAAACUAGAACCAGUCCUAUCGGUAAUAACUUAUGAGAAAUGUAUGAAUUGUGUUCUUAAUACAAAGAGAGUUACAAAGCUUUAUAUAUUAGAGCUAUAUGAAUCAAACAAUAAAUGUGAAGAUCAUAUAAUCAUUAAGAAGAAUAUAUGAUGGAGCGAUUAUAGUGAUUGAGUGAAUCAUAUGAGUUAUGGUUGAUACUCUUUCCUUGAUAAUCGGUUCCAACCGGUUAAAAAACAAUUAAAUGGUUCCACCUUUACCGAUGAAUGGCUAUAUAUACACACACGAAUAGACAAGGAUAACAUCACUUACCAAACAAUAUCAAAUGCAAACACAGCACAUGCAACAACAACACCACCACCAUUUCGUGCUUGUCCACGGAUCAUGUCAUGGGGCAUGGUGCUGGUUCAAGCUGGCGGGAAAGCUCAAGGGCAAUGGUCAACGAGUGACAGCUAUUGAACUUGGUGGGUCCGGUAUCGACAAGAGGAGGCUCGACGAGGUUCGUUCUGUCUCCGAGUAUCUAGAGCCUUUGAUGAGUUUCAUGGAGUCUCUCCCUGAGGAAGAGAAGGUGGUCCUUGUUGGUCAUAGCUAUGGUGGCAUUGGAACCUCUCUCGCUAUGGAAAGGUUUCCGACCAAAAUCUCUGUCGGAAUCUUCAUCUCUGCUUAUAUGCCACACCAUGAGUCUCCUCCUUCCGUUCUCAUUCAAGAGUAUUUCAAACGUCUCCCUGAUGGAUUCGCCAUGGAUUGUGAGUUUACAUUUGAGGAAGGACCAGGACAGCCGCCAAGUUCAGUUAUGUUCGGUAAUAGCUUCAUGAAGGAGAAGGCAUAUAGUAACUGCCAGUCAGAGGAUCUAGAACUAGCCAUGACGUUGGUGAAACCGAGCAGGUUAUACCCAAAGGAAAUGGAAGGUAAAGAUUUGCUGACCAAGGAGAGGUAUGGAUCUAUGAAGAGAGUGUUUAUCGUCUGCGAAGGUGACAAUGUGGUUCCAGAGGAGAUUCAGAGGUGGAUGAUUAGUAACUACGAACCUAAUGAAGUGAAAGUGGUCGAAGAAGCUGGUCACAUGGCUAUGAUCACCAAGCCUCAACAGCUUUCUCUACUGUUACAGGAAAUAGCAGCAAAAUACAACUGAUAAAAGUGUAACUUUGUAUUGAGUUUGAGUAUCCUGAAAUUUUAAAGCUAUCCCCUCUGGAGUGUGUAUCUCUAACGCUUUGUUAUAUUUAUGAUAUGAAUAAGAGCCCUUGUGAUUCUUGA